UCGGAGGCGUCUCGCUAGCUUCGCUUGCUUUUGCGCCCGCUGCAUUGCACGCUGACAGAGAAGAUGCCAUCGCUCCCGUUCCUUCUGCUCUCGCUGGCCCUGCUCUCGCUGUCCUCUCCAGCUCAAGGCUAUGGCGUCGGGCGCUGGAUGAAUGCGCGCGCCACCUUCUACGGCGGCGCCGACGCCUCCGGCACGAUGGGCGGCGCGUGCGGGUACGGCGACCUGUACAGCCAGGGGUACGGCACGGAGACGACGGCGCUGAGCACGGCGCUCUUCAGCGGCGGGCUGAGCUGCGGCGCGUGCUUCGAGCUCCGGUGCGCCGGCGGCGGCCGUGGGUCGUCGUCGUGCGUGCCGGGGGCCUCCGUCGUGGUGACGGCCACCAACUUCUGCCCGCCCAACUACGCGCUCCCCGGCGGCGCCGGCGGGUGGUGCAACCCGCCGCUGCGCCACUUCGACCUCUCGCAGCCGGCGUUCCUCCGCAUCGCCCGGUACCGCGCCGGCGUCGUCCCCGUCGCCUACCGCAGGGUGCCGUGCAGGCGGCGCGGCGGCAUCCGGUUCACCGUCAACGGGCACGCCUACUUCGCCCUGGUGCUGGUCGCCAACGUGGGCGGCGCUGGCGACGUGCGCGCCGUGGCCGUGAGGGGCGGCACCCGGGGGCGGUGGCGGGCCAUGGCACGGAACUGGGGCCAGAACUGGCAGAGUGGCGCGCCCCUCGACGGGAAGCCGCUCUCGUUCAGGGUCACCACCAGCGACCACCGCUCCGUCGUUUCCUACAACGUCGCGCCCGCCGGAUGGGCCUUCGGCCAGACAUUCACCGGGGGCCAGUUCCCGUAAGAAAGAUCGGGCACAAGCAUGACUGAAUGGGAUACAUGCGUAAGCAUGGCAUGACUGAAUGGGUUCAUCUUUUACAUUUGUAUGAAACCUUAUACGAUUCGUGUAUUCCAUACAAAGCUUGCAACUUCGUGACUGAGUCUGAGAGUGAUAGAAGUUGUGCAGCCUUACCUCCGGCGGUGACCACAUGUCUGAUGUCUCAGCAGUCAGUACAAUGGUGUUUCCUUGCGUUUUCGUUA